AUGCACGUCUACGCCCUUUGCAGCUUGCUGCUAACGUUCCUAUGCUCGCUGGCUGCCAGCCUUGAGACAGACCGCACUCUCGACAUCCACGCCUGGCCACUAUCGGCGCCAAAAUCCACCUCCUACGCCCAACUCACAUACAAUUCCACCCACGCCAAUAUCAAGACACACAGCAACCCGGCAAUUCCGCCAAAUGAUGAUAUUGUCAGGCUAGGCUUUCAUAACUCGGCUGGCACCUGGUCAGGCAUCGCGACAGCAGCUUUGAACUUCAGGGCGGAGAAGGACAAGAAGCUUCAAUUACACGUGAACGGCGAAGGGAUGGCCUAUCAUAUCGGGUUCAAGGUCUCGGAGCUAGGUACGAGUAGUACGACGUCGAAUAAAAAGGAUGAUCUGAGCGUCGAGGUGGUGAGAGCACAGCCGGGUCCGAUCCCGCAUCUGAAUCGGCCGGUCGUAGUGAAUGCUGAUGGGUCGGCGGCUGAGGAGGAGAAGGUGGAGAAGACGUUCUUGCAAAAAUAUUGGUGGGCCAUUGCCGGGUUUGUGCUGCUGCAGGUUGUGCUCAGUGGUGGCAAGGGUGAAUAG